CGUCCCCGGGCCGCGUCGCUGACCCCCGGCACCGGAGGGCGCUCGGGCCCCCCCCCCCCCCCGGGCCCCGGCCGCGCGGCGCGUGCGGAGAGCCGCCCGGUGCGCCAUGCCGCCCCGGCCCCGGGGCCCCCGCGCCUCCCCGUAGCGCCGCGGCGGCGGGAGCCGGGCCGGGUCCGGCCGGCCGCCGACAUGGGGCCGCACGCGCUCGGCGCGGGGCUCUACUGGCUGCUGCUGCCCUCGGCGCUCCUGGCGGCUGCUGUGCUGCGCGUCAAUGCCCUGUCACUGAUCUACCUGCUGGUCCUGCUGCUGCUGCCCUGGCUCCCGGGCCCCACGAGGCACAGCAUCCGAGGUCACACGGGCCGCCUCCUCCGCGCCCUGCUGGGCCUCAGCCUCCUCUUCCUGGUAGCUCACCUGGUCUUCCAGAUCUGCCUGCACACCGUGCCCGGCCUGGACCAGCUCCUGGGGCCUAGCUGCAGCCGCUGGGAGACCGUCUCUCGACACGUCGGGGUCACGAGACUGGACCUGAAGGACAUUCCCAACACCCUCCGGCUGGUGGCACCCGACCUGGGCAUCCUGGUGGUCUCCUCCGUCUGCCUCGGCGUCUGCGGGCGCCUGACACGCAAAGCCCGGCAGAGCCAGCACCCCCGGGAGUCGGACGAUGAGGAGGGCGCGGUGGACGCGGACUCCCCAGCGGGGCCGCGGGAAGCCUCCGCCGCGGAGCCCAAGCGCCGGCUGUGGCUCGCCACGCGGUUCCGGGUCACCGCCCACUGGCUGCUGGUGGCCGCCGGGCGGGUGCUGGCCACCGUGCUGCUGGCGCUGGCAGGUAUCGCGCACCCCUCGGCCUUCUCCGGCGUCUACCUGCUGGUCUUCCUGGCCCUGUGCACCUGGUGGGCCUGCCACUUCCCCAUCGGCCCCCUGGGCUUCAGCGCGCUCUGCGUCGCGGUGAGCUGCUUCAGCGCCGGCCACCUCCUCUGCCUCUACUGCUACCAGACGCCUGUGGUCCAGGCCGCCCUCCCGCCCGCCGGCCUCUGGGCCAGGCUGUUCGGUCUCAAGGACUUCGUGGGUCCCACCAACUGUUCCAGUCCCAACGCCCUGGUGCUGAACACCAGCUACGACUGGCCCGUGUACGCGAGCCCCGGCGUCCUGCUGCUGCUCUACUACACGCUCACCUCGCUCCUGAAGCUCCGCCGGCGCCGCCCCUCGGCCCAGGCGAAGGAGGGGGCCGGGGAGGAUGAGCAGCACGAGCUGGAGCUGGACCGGCUGGAACGGGGGACCCAGGGCCGGCCCCGCGCGGCAGCCCAGGAGUGGGAGGCCACCCAGCGCACGACGCCCCCCGCGUCCCCGGGGCCCGAAGCCAACAACUGCACCGUGCACGACUUCACGGGCCAGAGCCCCCGCCGGCAGCGCCCCGUGCGCGCCAGGCUGGCUCCGCGGAAAGAGGCGUCGCCGCUGCAGGGCCUGGGCCACCUCGUCAUGGACCAGAGCUACGUGUGCGCCCUCAUUGCCAUGAUGGUGUGGAGCAUCACCUACCACAGCUGGCUGACGUUCGUGCUGCUGCUCUGGGCCUGCCUCAUCUGGACGGUGCGGAGCCGCCACCAGCUGGCCAUGCUGUGCGCGCCCUUCCUCCUGCUCUACGGGCUCACGCUCUGCGGCCUGCGCUACGUGUGGGCCAUGGACCUGCGCCCCGAGCUGCCCACCGCGCUGGGCCCCGUCAGCCUCCGCCAGCUGGGCCUGCAGCACACCCGCUACCCCUGCCUGGACCUCGGCGCCGUGCUGCUCUACAUGCUGACCUUCUGGCUCCUGCUGCGCCAGUUUGUGAAAGAGAAGCUGCUGAGGAAGGCGAAGCCGGCCGCGGCGCUGUUAGAGGUCACGGUGCAGACGCAGCCCACCCGGACGCAGGUGCUGCUCCGGAGCUUGGGGGAGCUGGUCACGGGCGUCUACGCCAAGUACCUGGAUCUACGUGUGUGCCGCAUGUUCAUCGUGGUCAGCUGCGGCCGCCUGGUGGUCUACAAGAUCGUCUACAUGUUCCUCUUCCUGCUGUGCCUCACCUUGUUCCAGGUCUACUACGGCCUGUGGCGGAAGCUGCUGCGGGUGUUCUGGUGGCUCGUGGUGGCCUACACCAUGGUGGUGCUCAUCGCCGUGUACACCUUCCAGUUCCAGGACUUCCCCGUGUACUGGCGCAACCUGACCGGCUUCACGGACGAGCAGCUGGGGGACCUGGGCCUGGAGCAGUUCAGCGUGUCCGAGCUCUUCUCCAGCAUCCUCAUCCCCGGCUUCUUCCUGCUGGCCUGCAUCCUGCAGCUGCACUACUUCCACCGGCCCUUCAUGCAGCUCACGGACCCGGAGCACGUGGCCCCGCCCCGCGCCCGCCGCCGCGCCCGCUGGGCCCGCAGGCAGGACACCGUGAGCGAGACCCCUCUGCUGCAGCCGGAGGAGGAGGGGACCUUCGGGGACGACGGCCGCGCCCACCGCCGCCCGGCCGCCCCGGCCCCCGAGGGCACGGCCAGCAAGUGGGGCCUGGUGGCGGAGCGGCUGCUGGACCUGGGGGCCAGCUUCUCGGAGGUCCUCACUCGGGUGCAAGUGUUCGUGCGCCGGCUGCUGGAGCUGCAAGUGGUCAAGCUGGUGGCCCUGUACACCGUCUGGGUGGCUCUGAAGGAGGUGAGGGUGAUGAACCUGCUGCUGGUGGUGCUGUGGGCCUUUGCGGUGCCCUACCGCUUCCGGCCCAUGGCCUCCUGCCUCUCCACCGUGUGGACCUGCGUCAUCAUUGUGUGCAAGAUGCUGUACCAGCUCAAGAUCGUCAACCCCCACGAGUACUCCAGCAACUGCACCGAGCCCUUCCUCAACAGCACCAACCUGCUGGCUGCGGAGAUCAAACAGUCCCUGCUGUACCGCGGGCCCGUCGACCCGGCCAAUUGGUUCGGGGUGCGGAAGGGCUUCCCCAACCUGGGCUACAUCCAGGUGAACCACCUGCAAAUACUGCUGCUGCUCGUGUUCGAGGCCAUGGUGUACCGGCCAGAGCACUAACGCCGGCAGCACCAGCAGGCCCCGCUGCCCGCGCAGGCCCUGUGUGAGGGCAGCCGCCGGCGGCUCGACCGGGACCUGCUCAGCUGCCUCAAGUACUUCAUCAACUUCUUCUUCUACAAGUUCGGGCUGGAGAUCUGCUUCCUCAUGGCCGUGAAUGUGAUCGGGCAGCGCAUGAACUUCAUGGUCAUCCUGCACGGCUGCUGGCUGGUGGCCAUCCUCACGCGCCGGCGCCGCCAGGCCAUCGCCCGCCUCUGGCCCAACUACUGCCUGUUCCUCACCCUCUUCCUGCUCUACCAGUACCUGCUGUGCCUGGGCAUGCCCCCCGCCCUGUGCCUCGACUACCCGUGGCGCUGGAGCCGGGCUAUCCCCAUGAACUCGGCCCUCAUCAAGUGGCUGUACCUGCCCGACUUCUUCAGAGCCCCCAACUCCACCAACCUCAUCAGCGACUUCCUCCUGCUGCUCUGCGCCUCCCAGCAGUGGCAGGUGUUCUCGGCGGAGCGCACCGAGGAGUGGCAGGCCGUGGCCGGCGUCAACGGCGACCAGCCGCCGCCCGCCGGGGAGCCCAGCCCCGUGCCCAACUUCAUCCACUGCCGGUCCUACCUGGACAUGCUCAAGGUGGCGGUGUUCCGAUACCUGUUCUGGCUGGUGCUGGUGGUGGUGUUCGUCACGGGGGCCACGCGCGUCAGCGUCUUCGGGCUGGGCUACCUGCUGGCCUGCUACCUGCUGCUCUUCGGCACCUCGCUGCUGCAGAAGGACACGCGGGCCCAGCUGGUGCUGUGGGACUGCCUCAUCCUGUACAACGUCACCGUCAUCAUCUCCAAGAACCUGCUCUCGCUCCUGUCCUGCGUCUUCGUGGAGCAAAUGCAGAGUAACUUCUGCUGGGUGAUCCAGCUCUUCAGCCUGGUCCCGGCCCUCCCGCCUCCGCGCGCCCGGGCCGCACCCUGUCCAGGAGCAGCUCGCUGGCGGUGCGGGUCGAGUGCGCGCAUAGGCCAGCAGCUCCUGGGAGCCGUGCGGGGGCCCCGGCCCAGCAAGCGCUUCUGGAUGACGGCCAUCGUCUUCACGGAGGUCAUGGUGGUCACCAAGUACCUGUUCCAGUUCGGCUUCUUCCCCUGGAACAGCCACGCGGUGCUGCGGCGCCACGAGAACAAGCCCUACUUCCCGCCCCGCAUCCUGGGCCUGGAGAAGACGGACGCCUACAUCAAGUACGACCUGGUGCAGCUCAUGGCUCUCUUCUUCCACCGCUCCCAGCUGCUGUGCUACGGCCUCUGGGACCACGAUGAGCACCCCGUCUCCAAGGAGCACGGCAGGAGCGGCGGGCAGGGCCCGGGGGCCGAGGAGGUGACCCCGCUGGGACCCCAGGCCGAGGCAGGCACAGGGCAUCCAGAGGCCGGGGCUGGGCGCGGCCACCACAGACGUCAGGGAGAAGAAGCAAGUGCUGGAGCCAAGGAUGGAACCCCAGAGCCUCCGGUGGGCAUCAAGGCCCAGGACCCAAGGCCCCUCGGCCUGCGCUUCAGAGGGAGGAAGGAGAGCCCGGCAGCCAUUGGUACUGCUUCUCCCACAGAGCCUGAGGACAGGGAGGAGGAGGAGGAGGAGGAGGAGGAGGAGGAGGAGGAGGAGGAGGAGGAGGGGGCGGGGGCCGAGGUCACCGAGAGGAAGAAGCCCAGCGCCUCCAGAGAGAGAAUGAGGGCAGCCGGGCGCCGGCUGCGGAGCUUCUGCCUGUCCCUGGCCCAGAGCGUGUCCCAGCCCCCACGGCGGUUCUUCCGUGACAUCCUCCACACCAAGUACCGCGCGGCCACCGACGUCUACGUGCUCAUGUUCCUGGCGGACACCGUCGACUUCAUCAUCAUCGUCUUUGGCUUCUGGGCCUUCGGGAAGCACUCGGCCGCCACGGACAUCACGUCCUCGCUGUCGGACAACCAGGUGCCCGAGGCCUUCCUGGUGAUGCUCCUCAUCCAGUUCAGCACCAUGGUGAUCGACCGCGCCCUCUACCUGCGCAAGACGGUGCUGGGCAAGCUGGCCUUCCAGGUGGUCCUGGUGCUGGCCAUCCACCUCUGGAUGUUCUUCAUCCUGCCGGCCGUCACGGAGAGGAUGUUCAGCCAGAACGCCGUGGCCCAGCUGUGGUACUUUGUGAAGUGCGUCUACUUCGCGCUGUCGGCCUACCAGAUCCGGUGCGGCUACCCCACCCGCAUCCUGGGCAACUUCCUCACCAAGAAGUACAACCACCUGAACCUCUUCCUCUUCCAGGGGUUCCGGCUGGUGCCGUUCCUGGUGGAGCUGCGGGCGGUCAUGGACUGGGUGUGGACAGACACCACCCUGUCCCUGUCCAACUGGAUGUGCGUGGAGGACAUCUACGCCAACAUCUUCAUCAUCAAGUGCAGCCGGGAGACCGAGAAGAAAUACCCCCAGCCCAAAGGGCAGAAGAAAAAGAAGAUCGUUAAGUACGGCAUGGGCGGCCUCAUCAUCAUCUUCCUCAUCGCCAUCAUCUGGUUCCCGCUGCUCUUCAUGUCUCUGGUGCGCUCCGUGGUGGGCGUGGUCAACCAGCCCAUCGACGUCACCGUCACCCUCAAGCUGGGGGGCUACGAGCCCCUGUUCACCAUGAGCGCCCAGCAGCCGUCCAUCGUGCCCUUCACGCCCCAGACGUACGAGGAGCUGUGCCGACAGUUUGACGCCCACCCGCUGGCCAUGCAGUUCAUCAGCCAGUACAGCCCCGAGGACAUCGUCACGGCCCAGAUCGAGGGCAGCUCCGGGGCCCUGUGGCGCAUCAGCCCGCCCAGCCGCGACCAGAUGAGGCGCGAGCUGUACAACGGCACCGCCGACAUCACCCUGCGCUUCACCUGGAACUUCCAGAGGGACCUGGCCAAGGGCGGCACGGUCGAGUACACCAACGAGAAGCACACCCUGGAGCUGGCCCCCAACAGCACGGAGCGCCAGCAGCUGGCCCGCCUGCUGGACGGCACGUCGGACCACUCAGUGGUCAUCCCCCACCUCUUCCCCAAGUACAUCCGGGCCCCCAACGGGCCUGAAGCCAACCCCGUGAAGCAGCUGCAGCCCAAGGAAGAAGCCGACUACCUGGGCGUGCGGCUCCAGCUGCGGCGGGCGCGCGGGGGCGCGGGGGCGGCGGGCUUCCUGGAGUGGUGGGUCAUCGAGACGCAGGACUGCCGCGGCAGCUGCAACCUGCUGCCCAUGGUCAUCUUCAGCGACAAGGUCAGCCCGCCCAGCCUCGGCUUCCUGGCUGGCUACGGGAUCGUGGGGCUCUACGUGUCCAUCGUGCUGGUCAUCGGGAAGUUCGUGCGGGGCUUCUUCAGCGAGAUCUCGCACUCCAUCAUGUUCGAGGAGCUGCCCUGCGUGGACCGCAUCCUCAAGCUGUGCCAGGACAUCUUCCUGGUGCGGGAGACGCGCGAGCUGGAGCUGGAGGAGGAGCUCUACGCCAAGCUCAUCUUCCUCUACCGCUCGCCGGAGACCAUGAUCAAGUGGACGCGCGAGAAGGAGUGAGCCCCGCGCCGGGCGCCGGGAAUGAAGGAGCCGCCGGCGCGCGCGCCCUGGCCCGGGCCCCCG